AGCACAGCCAAGCCUAUGGACAGGGAACUUGCCAGUACCCCAGACCUGCAUUCACACAAAGUUUGCAGAAUCACAGAAAAGUUGAGAUUGGAAGGGACAUUUCAAGAUCAUCUGGUGCAACCCCCUGCCACAGGCAGGGACACCUUCCACUAUUCCAGGUUGAUCAGAGCUCCAUCCAACCUGUCCUUGGACACAUCUACAGUUGACCAUGCUCUUGCUCGUUUAAUAACUGCCUAUGCUGAACAUGGCCACAAAGCAGCCAAAAUAAACCCACUGUUUGCCGGCCGAGCUGUUAUGAACAUGGUACCUGAAAUCCAAGAGCUGGCCAAAGUUCUUCAGGGUCCUCUUGUUACUACAGGACUUAUAAACAUGGGAAAAGAGGAGGCUUCUGUAGAGGAUGUGAUGGCUUAUCUUGACCAUAUAUACUGCGGGCAUAUUUCCAUAGAAACAAGCCAGCUUCCAACUUUGGAGGAGAGAGAAUGGUUUGCUAAAAGGUUUGAAGAGCUAAAGCAAGAAGCAUUUACACCGGAGGAGAAAAAGCACUUGUGCAAACUGAUGCUGGAGUCCCAGGAGUUUGAUCACUUCUUGGCCACCAAGUUUGCUACAGUGAAGCGAUAUGGUGGUGAAGGAGCAGAGAGCAUGAUGGGCUUCUUCCACGAGCUGUUCAAGAUGUGUGCGUACAGCGGGGUCACGGAUAUCAUCAUUGGAAUGCCUCAUCGGGGCAGGCUCAACCUGCUCGCAGGCUUACUUCAGCUUCCUCCUGAGCUCAUGUUCCGCAAGAUGCGUGGUUUGAGUGAAUUUCCAGAGAAUUCAGCAGCCAUUGGGGAUGUUCUCUCCCACCUGACAUCCUCUGUAGAUCUGGACUUUGGCUCCCACAGACCUGUGCAUGUCACCUUGCUCCCCAACCCCUCACACUUAGAAGCCAUCAACCCAGUGGCUGUGGGCAAGACACGAGCCCGGCAGCAGACUCUGCUCGAUGGUGAUUACUCCCCAGAGAGUUCUGCACAGCCGGGGGACAAAGUUAUUUGCCUGCAGGUUCAUGGUGAUGCUGCUUUCUCUGGGCAAGGGAUCGUUCCUGAAACACUGACCCUCUCUAAUCUACCACAUUUCAGAGUUGGUGGGAGCAUCCAUUUGAUUGUUAAUAACCAGCUGGGCUAUACCACUCCACCAGAGCGAGGAAGGUCAUCUCUGUACUGCAGUGAUAUUGGUAAAAUCGUUGGAUGUGCAGUUAUCCAUGUGAACGGGGAUGAUCCUGAGGAAGUUGUCCGUGCCACACGACUGGCUGUGGAGUACCAGCGCCACUUCCGCAGGGACGUCAUUGUGGACUUGCUGUGCUACAGACAGUGGGGCCACAAUGAGCUUGAUGAGCCCUUCUUCACCAACCCCAGCAUGUACAAAAUCAUCAGGUCCCGUAAGAGUAUCCCGGACACGUACGCAGAGCACCUCACGGCUGCUGGGCUCAUGACUGAGGCUGAAGUGGCUGAGAUAAAGACCACGUGCUAUUCCAAGCUGAAUGAUCACCUUGCCAACAUGACUUCAUACAGCCCACCCCCUACCAACCUGCAGGCUCACUGGAAAGGCCUUGUGGAGCCUUCUGCCACAAUCACCACCUGGGACACGGGCAUGCCUGUGCCUCUGCUGCAGUUCAUUGGGGCCAAGUCUGUGGAGGUGCCCGAAGAGCUCCAGAUGCACAGCCAUCUCCUGAAGACCUAUGCUCAGUCAAGAGUUCAAAAAAUGGAGGAAGGAAAAAAGCUGGACUGGGCAACGGCUGAAACUUUAGCAUUUGGUUCUCUGCUGAGCCAAGGGUUUAAUAUCAGACUAAGUGGACAAGACGUUGGCAGAGGAACCUUCAGCCAACGACACGCGAUGUUGGUUUGCCAAGAGACAGAUGAUACCUACAUUCCUCUGAAUCACAUGUCCCCAGACCAGAAGGGUUUCCUAGAGGUGAGUAACAGUCCCUUGUCUGAAGAAGCUGUGCUUGGUUUUGAAUAUGGAAUGAGUAUUGAGAGCCCUAAGUUACUGCCAAUUUGGGAAGCUCAAUUUGGAGACUUCUUUAAUGGAGCUCAGAUAAUAUUUGACACUUUCAUCUCUGGAGGUGAGGCUAAAUGGCUUCUGCAGAGUGGGAUAGUAAUUCUUCUUCCCCAUGGCUAUGAUGGUGCAGGCCCUGAGCACUCGUCCUGCCGGAUGGAACGGUUCCUACAGAUGUGUGACAGCUCAGAAGAGGGUGUUGAUGGUGACCAGGUCAACAUGUCAGUUGUGCAUCCCACCACCCCAGCACAGUAUUUCCAUUUACUCCGGAGGCAAAUGGUCCGAAACUUCAGGAAACCUCUCAUUGUUGCUUCUCCCAAAGUGUUACUCAGGCUUCCAGCUGCUGUAUCAAGUUUUGAAGAAAUGGCCCCAGGGACAACAUUCAAGCCUGUCAUUGGUGACUCCUCAGUAGAUCCUAAAAGUGUCACCCAAGUGGUGCUGUGUUCUGGAAAGCAUUACUAUGCUCUGGUGAAGCAAAGAGAAACACUGGGAGAAAAGCAGCACAGCUCAGCUAUUCUGAGACUUGAAGAGCUCUGUCCUUUCCCCCUGGAAGCUCUACAGCAAGAGCUGAGCAAGUACAGCCAUGCAAAAGUCUUCAUCUGGAGUCAGGAAGAACCACAGAACAUGGGUCCAUGGUCCUUUGUGUCUCCACGGUUUGAAAAGCAGCUGGGGCUUAAGCUCCGUCUUGUGAGCAGACCUCCUCUACCAGCCCCAGCAGUUGGCAUUGGAACCCUUCACAACAAGCAGCAGGAAGAUGUUCUGACCCACACAUUUAUCUAAGUUUUCAGUGAUGCACUGCUCCUGAUGUCAGUCAUGUUUAGUGCCUCCUCCUGUGAAGAACAAAGCCAGAUCCUGAAGACUCUUAGUUCUCCAAAAUGAAAAAAAAAAAAAAAAAAAAAAAAAAAAAAAAAAAAAAGGUGGAAUAAGUUUGAUAAUGAUGAAGCAAUUUUUUCAUGUUGGGGUAUACCUAACAAUGAGAAGUGCCUGUUACUCCUGAUACUUCUUUUUCUCUUAUACAGUUUUCUACAAAAUGUCUUUAUAAAGUUAAAAAUCCAGUCCAGGGGACAGAUUAGUGAGGUGACCGUGGAAUACCUUAAAUCAUGCUGCUUAUUUGCACUUGACAGUUUCCUGGGAUGGUGCGUGUGUGGAAACAGGUUCUGUUUCUUCUCUUUCUACAGAAAUGUUAGUACUGCUUGAUCAAAUAAAUGCUUCCCCAUGCCUGGGAAUGAGCCAUUUCUAUAGCAGAA